UUUCCUCAGUCUGAUUGGCAGGUGGAGUGGAGAAGGGCUGUGACAACUCAGCUCUCCAUCUAUUUAAAGGCAAGGGUGGGGCUCUUCAGCUGCUUGCCUGGGACUUUUGCAUCUUGGUAGAGAGAAGAAUUAGCCUGAAGAGCAGCACCAUGUCUUGCGCAGUCUUGCCACUCACUUCUCACUUUCUGGCUGAAGUUUUCCUGAGUCAUCCAGUCCUUAUCACUCUCCUUGGACCAGUGUGCACCAACUUGGGUCUCAAGCCUGGUCAGCGUCUCACUGUGAAGGGCAAAAUUUCACCAAGUGCCAAAAGCUUUGUGAUGAACCUGGGAAAGGACUCGAGCCACCUGGGGCUUCACUUCAACCCCCGCUUUGAUGCUCAUGGUGAUGUGAACACAAUUGUGUGCAACUCAAAGAACGUGGAGGAGUGGGGCACAGAGCACAGGGAGAUGGUCUUCCCUUUCCAGAAGGGAGCUCCUAUAGAGAUCUCUUUUGCCAUCAACCCAGCUGAUGUGACAGUCCAUCUGCCAGGCCACCAGUUCACAUUCCCCAACCGGCUUGGUCUCCAAGUCUUUGACUACUUUGAUGCACAAGGGGAUUUCACACUCCAGUCCCUUAGCUGGGAGUAAUUUCUUCCUAUACCCUCUCUUAAAAGAAAAAAACAGAUGGCAAUCAAUAAAUGUUUAGCCUACCUGA